CAGGUGAAGGGUUCGAAUCCCAAAGUCCAGCAAGAGUUUCGUCCCUUAUGGCCGAGGCACCUGUUCGGGGGGACGUCAGGUAGAAACCGUAAUUAGCACGAUGCUGUGAUUGAAUCCGUCCAUAAUAUAGCUUCCCAUUAGUCUCCGCCGCCAACUAUAUAAGCCGGAAUGAAUGGCAAGGACCAAGACAGUCCUGGGAGGGGGAACGCUGAAUCCCCCACCAAGUCCUGGGUUCAGUUUGAAGAAGAGGAAGGAGGCGUAGAAGGCCAGAAGGAUGGCAAGGGCACGCAGGGCUCCCUCAACACGCCGGCUGUCAUUGAUGCCCAGUCUGUGCAGGUUAGUUUGGAGAACCACAAUGCACCACCUGAAAAGAACAGAAACAGCCUAGCCAAGGCUAUCUCUGAGCCAUCCAAUGGCGUACCAAGGCUGCCGGCACCUCCCACGGGGGGCAUGGCAGAGUCACGGGUCACCAUGUCCCAGCUCAGCCCCUCACAGCUCCACAACGUGCCUCUCAAUGAGGCCUCAGCUGGCCCCCCACCAUCCCACCGCCCACCACCUGCCUCCCAGCCAGUGGUCAGACAAGGCUUUUCCAAUGGUGAUGUGAUUGUCACCCUGCUGCCCCAGAACACCUCGCUGCCAUGGAUCACCCCAGCACAGUUCCGUCCUGAGCUGGUGCCAGAAGAGCUCAUGGCACAAGGGUUAACGCUAACAGUAGAGGACUACGUGCACAUCAUGUCCCAGCUGGUGAACGACUACCGCUUCACCCUGUACAACGUGUGCUACAAGCGAGUCCUCAUGGCCUGGAUCAUCAUGGGCUUCAUUAUCCUGCUCUGCAUCCUCUUCUCAGGGCUCUCCCAGCUAGCCCUCUUUGGGGCUGGCAUUGGCUGGCUCAUGGUCAAUGCGGCAGCUAUAUUCUUUUGUAUGUGGAUCAAAAUCAGGCUUAACAAGUCCCUGGAACAGUGCUUGGCGGAGAUCAACAUUCAGUUACUUCGCCACAAGAUUAUCCUUGGGUUGGAUGACCGUGGAAAAUUGUCGUGUCACAAAGUUAACCUUUGUUUCAUCUAUUUUGACACUCAUGACUGUCUGGCAAAGCUGCAGGAGGUGAUGGAAGAGGAGGAGCGGGCAGGGCGAGCAGUGAACAGCGAGGAGGCUGGCAAGCUGCCGUCCCUCCGGCAGCGCAUGGACAUCGAUGACUCUGACAUCAUCAUCACUGGUGCCACAAACACUCGCAUCUCCCGGCAACAGGAUCGUGCCCGGUUGCUGCUGGCCCGCUACAGCCAGCGGUGGGUGAAGGCUGUGUCACGGGGGGCCCUGGCAAUCACUGGUGCAGAAGGUACCUCGACUCCUAAUUCCUCUCACGUGGCACCGCGCCACGCUCUCUCCCGACAGUGUCCUUGUCAGUACAUUGAGGACCACCUGCAUUAUAAGCCUCAAGGGUGGUGGUGUUGUUGAAGUGACAACCUUGGUGGAGGAAGGUACUUGGGGCUGGUGCUCGGGCUUGCUUGCUUGUAAUUCUAAAAUUUCACCCAUUUCAGGCCUUUUUUAGCAUCUCAUGAAAUUAGAAAAGUGAUGCAACAGUUUGCAUUCUUGUUGCUGCAUGCCCUUCCUGUGCAGUCGUGUUUAAGGAGAAAUUUAGUAGCAAGUAGCUUUAAUAACUGUGUUGCAGAUUCUUCUGUAGCUGCUGCCAUUAAGAAUUUCAUAUGCCUACAGCAUCAGGUGUACAGUACUUGCACAUUUAUUAUACAUGUAUUGGGCCAUCCAUGAGCACGGCUAUUUCAGUAUGUUUCUAGUAGAAUAUUUAACAGUCAGUGAUCACUUGAUGCAUAACAGCAUUGCACCCUUCAGCAAUGUAAUGUAAUAUAUCAACUAUAAUAGAUUUUAAUGAAAAAUAUUAUGAUACAUGUAGAAUCUGUUGCAAAAUACUCAUGACAUACUGAUAUUGAGGAGAAAUAUAUGUAUGUGUGUUAUGUCUGGAUUAGCAUGCAUGCUAUUUGUUUAAAUUUUGAGUGUUGAAAUAUGGGAGUGAGUUAUGGGCCUCAGGAUUUAGGGAAAUGGCAUGAUAAAGCAAUUUGUAGCAGGGAUGGAGUGAAUUCAAGACUUAGGUAUUCAAAUGCGAAUAUGAAUACCACUAAUUUCUAAGAAAAUGAAAACGAAUACAAAGAAAUACUGUGAAUUCAAAUGCAAAUACAAAUACUUCAUGAAAGUAUUCAUAAAUACAUUAAUGGAUACAUUUCAUUAAAAAAAAAAUUGUCUCUAACUCAGCACAGCAUUGUACUCAAGUAAUGCAUGAGUGACUUCAUGAGCAAAGAAUUGUGGCUGGUGGACAACAGAAGACAGCCUCUCACUGACUAGUUAAAGGUACAGUUGGGGGCAUACUCUACAGCUGCACAUGGCCUUGGUGCUCAUUUAUGUCACACUGGCCUCAGCCUGUGGUGGGAAGUGCCCAUUACUCCAGGACACAGGGCCAGUACAGGCAUAUCUCAACUGUCCACACUUCGUACCAUCUGGUACCUUUGUGUACCAGACACUGAGCGAGCAGCACUUUGAUUUCUAAUAAGAUUUAGAAGAUAGAUACAAGUAAACCUAAACAAUGUACCUAUUUCUAAUAUACCAAAUACGCACACUCCAUCCCUGGUUUGUAAUUUACGUUGUAACGUAGCUAAUGCUGUAAGACGUUUAAAGGUGUAAAUAGAGUAAUCAGAUGGUUUCACAGAUUAUCAUACAAUGAGUAUUUAUUGUUUAUAGUUGUUAAUAUAUUCUAUACUUGCAUUCCAAUAUGAUGAAUAUUGCAUGACAAAUAUUAAAAAUCCGGUUGGUUGGUUCUGCAUGCAAAAUCAACCCUUAAUCUUAACCAACAUGCAUGAGGCAUUGAUUGGCAAACAGUACUGGUUCACCACUGGUUGUUCAGGUGUGUGUGUUUUUGUGUUCGGAUGGAUACAAAAGUUUAUAGUACAAAGGAAGAUUUAAAAAAAAAUGUUUAAGAGAUGCUUUAUCUGCUGCAUACAUACUCUCAAGACUUGAUUGAAGGGCUCCCACACUGACUAGUCCAUCUCUUAACUUGCCAUUUUAGGUUGUUAUGCUCUGUGUGACUUGUGGCAGCAGGGGGGCCGCUCCACCACCACCGCUGCCCCCCCAGCCACCGGCUGUAAUCUCGCCUGAAAUCUCCUUGGCCUGAGGGUUAGCUGAAAUGAUAACUGUGUGAAACUUAUAUUGAUGUAAACAAGUUUUCCUCAUCAAAACAAAGUUUCAUAUACUGUUUGUUAUAAAUUUGUAUACGUAAGACCGAGUAGUACAUUUUUAGAAAAGGAAAGAAAAACUGCAAUGCAACAUUAUAUAAUACACAUAUUAACAUUUCAUUUUCAUAUUAAGAGAGGUGGUUUGAUCCUUCAGACAAUGAAGUUACUGGAAAUCAGAUAUUACUGCUAACAGAGAGCAAUGAUGAAGACAGUGUACUGAGUAAAAGCCACACACUUCCCUCCACUCACACUCAUGAUAAUUCAAGAAGAAUUUAGUAUUAGACUCUAAUUUUAAAUGCCAGUUUUGGUAAUACAUUUCUCAGUUACUGAAAAAAAUGAUAAUUGAUAUAUCAGUGUGGUUUAGGUAAUGUUUGAUUUAUAUAAAAAGGUUGGUGUGUUGUGAUAUUGUGUACAUUUUGAAGAGUUUCAUUGGCCAUAAAAAUAUGUAGCCUUGAUAUUUGUGAACAACAAAAGAAGUUUCUUAAAAUAUUCAUAAUGAUGAAACAAAAGAAAAAUGUUUCAAGAAUUCCUAUGAAUUACAAAUAAUUAUACAAGAUAAUAAUAUAGGCACUGUAAAAUAUCAAAUGUUCUGAAAUGCCUGAAUGUUAGUAAUUUCUAGGAGAUAUUACUAACUUUGGGAUUAAACCAGAUUUCCGGUUAUUCUCCUCUUUCAUUCAUCUUCAAAAUAAUAAUUCCGAUAAGUAGAAUUUUACAAAGAAACUCUUGAAAUAUGUACAUAUGAGUAUGUUAUUUUUCACCACAUCUUGUAAAUGAUCUAGAAGACUGACUGACUGACUUGGGUAAAGUAGUUUCUUUUAUAGCUAAACCUGUGAAAUGUUUCUCUGUCUCAAUGCUGCAUUGUUAGCAGUAAGUGCACACUAUCAAGGGUGGAAGGGCCUGUGUCUCUUGCUAAGAUUAAUCUUCAUUCUCUUCUGGUCUCCGUGCACAUUUUCCCUUGGGAAUGUCCUCUCUUUCUUGCUCUCAUCUGAGUAUUCACUUGCAGAUAAAUGUAAGUAAACUACACAAGCCUAAUGUCAUUUUCUAUAGCUAAUUCAGCCUGUGAUGCAAUUUGUCUUUGAAAAAUACAUAUAUUAAUGUAAGGAAAUGUCAAAUGCAUCUGGGAAAUGGGUUAAAAAUUGCAUUAUUUUUUUUAGUCAACCAUAGUUGAAAUAAUGUAAUGACAUUGAGUUUUCAUUGCCUAAUUGAAAAAUAUCCUCGUACAGUCAUACUACAAUAAAACCUGUUUGCAGUAAUUACUCCUUUCCCCAGAUGUUUGCAUUAUUUGUUUCUAAGUAUUCCCUAACUUCCUGUGUGAAUGUUGUUUGUUUUCAGGAGAGUGUCUGAUAUGUGAACAAAUGGGCAAGAUGAUGGAGUAUUAUUCUUCAGUUUAGCAUGAAUAUGGACGAACCUUGGACACUACAGCCAGGGGAAAAUGGAUAUGUCAGUGUCAUGAUACAGAUUAAUUGUAUAUCACACUUUAAUGCAAUUUGAAAUAUUCAGUAUUACACAAAUUCCAUGAGUUUCUAAAAGACAAACCUUGUCUUAGAGUUUCAUGACUUACAGUUUCUUAAUUAUAUAUAAGGGAAAACAAGAUGUCAUUUACUGCAAUACAUAUACUAUUUAUUUUACUAAAGAAAUAUAGAUUCCUGCCUUGCUGUAAUCAUAUUUAUUUAUUUUAUUAUUAUUAGUUUUUAAUAAUAACUUCAUGCAUGAUCUGAUGUUCAUCAUUGUGCAGGAACCCUCCAAAAAACAAAGUGCUCAUGAAUUUUUAUCAUUAAUUGUAAAAUUUUGUAUUAGUAGAAGCAAUCAAUCCAUUUAUAUUAGUUCUUGUCCACACUAUCUUUUAAAAGAAAUGUAUGUUUGCUGACCCAUGAGCAGAAGGUAUUGUGAUGAUUUUGGAUAAAGGCCGGAAAGCUGAGGACUUGACUGUAUGAGCCUCCUGUGUUUCAUCAUUACAUCACUUAAUUGUCAAAAGAAUGAGUAGUCUCUAAUAUUAGAUAAUCUUACACAAUAACACAACAUAUUAUACUAGCAUCUCAGUGUCUCAGGAGGAUUUUCAUUCUACCGGAUGCCACCUAGCUUGGACAAUUGCCGUUACAAUUAUGUAGGAGCUUCUACAUGUUUUCUUGACUGGUUAUUAUUAAAAUUUUAUUCCAGAUGUGAAUAUUUACCAAAUGUUUAAUAUAGUUUAGGAUAAUUUGUUGUUAUGACGCAUGUUCUGACAUCCAGUUGUUGUAUGAAGUUUUAUCAUUGUGAAGUUUUAUCAUUGUUUCAUUUAUGUAUUAAAUAUUAAAUUAUUUGACUUUAAUGCAAUAACCAUCAUUAUAUUCUGCUGUAACAUAAUGACUUUAAAUAGUUUGUGUGUGUGUCUGUGUGCAUGCAUGCUUGUGUGUGUGUGUGUGUGUGUGUGUAUUUACCUAGUUGUAAUUUUUACAAGGCCUGGGCUGUGUGUGUGUGUGUGUGUGUGUGUGUGUGUGUGUGUGUGUGUGUGUGUCCCCUUAUUUGCAUGCAUGCAGACAUAUAAUUUCUUAGAAUUCUCCUUUUCAUUUUUUGUUUGAAAUAAUUGGGAAGAUCCUUUUAUGCAUUGGAUAUGUUAUUAACCUAAAUACAUGUUUAUAAUCUUUACAUUUACUAUGAACAUACAAAACUUUAUUUUUUUAAAGAUAGCGUUUCUUACAAGGGGUUGUGGAGUUGAGGUGUUUAAUGUGUGUGUGUGUGUGUGUGUGUGUGUGUGUGUGUGUGAUUGUAGCCUUCAAUCACUUUGAUCCGUCCAAUAAGUGUAAUGGCCUUUAGGGUUUUGUACAAGCGGUGCAUAGAUGUAGUGUUCAUAGUGUUCACCUGCAUAAGGAGCAUCCCAGUUCUCACCCUCCACGUCAGCACUGGACCUUGUCACUGGGCAGGCCCCUCGGGGGUGGACUGGCUUCACCUGCUAUGUUGAGCUGCCUUAAGUCUAGUACAAGAUUGUUGUGCCACACGUGUAAGCCUUGAGAUGUGUUGACUCUCCUAUGUACCUAACUUUUCCCAGUUCUAAAAUUGUCAUAUUAGAUGAUAUUUUUCUAGAUCAUUUCCAUUGUAAUACUACAUGAAGAUAGAUACUGCUAUUAUUCAGUCCUGUUAGAUAUGACAUAUAGACUCAUGUUAUUUUCAGUGAUUAUAUUUGCAUUCAUGAGUUAUGUUGGUGCCAGCCCAAUUCUUGUAACAUUGUACAUGCUUUAUAAAUAUCAAUACAUUUUAGUUGGCAAAUUGAAA